AUAUUGCAAUUUAAUGCUACUCUGCUGCUGGAGGCUGCAAUCAUCAUCACUGACUUUGCUGCAGCUGAGAGAGACUGAUAGAGAACCUUACUAAUCCCAUCUACCAAAUACUUUCAACUAACACACAAAAAUGUCUUCGAAAUUUUACGUCGAGAGCGAGAAGGUCCAAUACAAUGAGACAAAGCAGACCAUACUCUCAACUUAUGAGUACCAGUCUUCCCACGUGGAGACCGAUGGAGAGAGAUUCCGUGUAAAACCAGUCAAUACUAGUCUUACCUUUCGUACCAGUGCUCGAGUCCCUAGGGUUGGGGUCAUGCUUGUUGGCUGGGGAGGGAAUAAUGGGUCCACAAUCACUGCUUCUGUCCUUGCCAACAAGCUUGGCAUCUCAUGGAGGACUAAAGAUGGUGUGAAGACUGCUAAUUAUUUCGGUUCCAUAACUCAGUCCUCAACCACUAGUCUGGGGAUAGGUCCAGAUGGUAAAGAUGUCUACGUUCCUUUGAAGGACCUCCUUCCAAUGCUCUCACCCAAUGACAUGGAGUUUGAUGGUUGGGAUAUUUCUUCAGUCAAUAUAGCUGAUGCUUGUUCCAGAGCUAAAGUCCUGGAUAUCAGCAUUCAAGAUCAGCUGAGACCUUAUCUCGAGAAGUUAAAGCCACGCCCAUCCAUCUACUGCCCUGACUUCAUUGCAGCCAAUCAGAGCGAUCGUGCUGACAAUGUCUUGUCUGGUACGAAAUGGGAGAUGGUGACCAAGAUAAGGGAAGACAUUAAGGAUUUCAAACAAAAGAAGAACCUUGACAAAGUCAUCAUCUUGUGGACGGCUAACACCGAAAGGUUCUGUGAUGUUGCAGCUGGUCUUAAUGAUACUGCGGACAACCUUCUGGAGAGCAUAAAGAGGAAUGAGGCUGAGGUCUCAUCAUCAACACUCUUUGCUGUUGCUAGCAUUUUAGAAGGAUGUACAUAUAUCAAUGGUUCUCCUCAGAAUACUUUUGUUCCAGGCUGUGUUGAGCUGGCAGAGAGACAUGGGGUCUUUCUUGGUGGAGAUGACUUCAAGAGCGGACAGACAAAGAUAAAAUCAGUUCUGGUUGACUUCCUCGUGUCUGCUGGUCUGAAACCAACGUCUAUUGUCAGUUACAAUCACCUUGGUAACAAUGACGGGAAGAACCUUUCAGCCCCAAAGCAGUUCAGAAGCAAAGAGAUAUCAAAGAGCAACGUCGUGGAUGACAUGGUGGAAUCAAACGAUGUACUUUACUCACCAAAUGAGAAACCAGAUCACACUGUUGUCAUCAAGUAUGUUCCUUAUGUUGCUGACUCCAAGAGAGCAAUGGACGAGUAUACCUCUGAGAUAUUCAUGGGAGGACAUAACACAAUCGUCCUUCACAACACUUGUGAGGACUCCCUCCUAGCAGCACCACUCAUCAUUGAUCUCGUUAUCAUUGCUGAGCUUUGUGAAAGGAUUCAAGUUAAGACUAUUGAUGGGGAUUACGAGCAGUUCCAUUCGGUCCUUUCUAUUCUCUCGUAUCUAUUAAAGGCUCCAAUGGUACCUCCUGGCACACCUGUCGUCAAUGCAUUAUUCCGCCAAAGAGCUUGCAUUGAGAACAUAUUCAGAGCCUGUGUGGGACUCCCUCCUCUAAAUCACAUGCUUUUAGAGCACAAGAUUCCUUCCCUGAUGACCCAGUUCUCCUCUACCCCUGCUCCAGUUGAGUCCAGUGCCAUCAACCAGAAGCAGCGUCCAGUGCAGCCCGUCGUACAGACCAAUGGUCAGGUCAAUGGACACACCCUCAACGGUUUCGCUCAUUAGUCCUAGCUCAUUAUUGGCCUUAAAUCAAUUAUUAUCUUUAAAAUAACUCAGAAAUUUUAAUUAUUGCUGAUGGUUCUUACUAUUAUUAUUAUUAUUAUUAUUAUUAGUGUAAUCUAUUAUUAUGUGAUGAUAACACCAUAGGGAGCUUCCCUUAAUGUGCUCAUUGCUAAUGCUGAUUUCUUUUAUGAUCAUAAAUUAUAUUAUUGAUUAGUUCUGUACAAAUAAUGAUUAUUUUUAGAUGAAAAGUUAACACAUUAA